AUGGCGGCAUCUCGAGAUCAGCGCAAGACAGCUGGAAAUCGACUUUCUAGUCUUCUGAAAGAUGAAACAGAGGAAGAAUUUUACAAAACAGCAUGGGGAGGAUUCGAUGAGGAAGCAGAAGAUAGAGAAUACGAGGAGGAAGUGAGUGGUUCAGAUGACGUUGAUUCAGACUUUGAUAAUCCAGAGAAUGAAGUGGACGACCCGGUCAGCGAUGACGCAGAUGAAGAAAAGAGACGCAAGAAAAAAGUCGUGUUGCUUGGUCAAAAGAAACCAAAAAUUAAAUUAUCAGAGAAAAAGCCAAAGAUACUAAGAAGGAAAGUCCCGGAUGAGAGAAAAGGGGAUCGAAGAAAAUCAACUCGUGUUGCAGUGGUACAAAACUCGAGGGCUCUGAAAGCGCGUUUGGCUGAAGAAGAGAGACGAAGGAAGUCGAGACGGCCAAGGAAACGACAAAUGAUGAGGAAAAUCACUCAAGAGGAAAUGCUGGAAGAAGCAAAGAUAACAGAAAUGGAAAAUUUGGAUUCACUUAACGUUUACAUCCAACUGGAAGAGGAAAAGAAGAAAAUGAGAACGAUCAAGAAACCCGUCAUCACCGGCCCCAUCAUACGUUUUCAGUCACUUACAAUGGUCGAUGUUGAAUCCAAUGACGAAACCGGAAAGAAAUUGUGUUCAAGGAAUUUUUUGACAUUUCCGGAUAAAAGUGAGUUUUCUGGAGGAUACCUUUUCUCUAAGCCUCGUUUGUCUGCACCCAAGAAGUCGUACUGUAUCGUGACUGGAUUACUCGCUCGUUACAAAGAUCCCCUCACAAACUACCCGUAUGCAAACGCACAAGCUUUUCGAAUUCUUAGACAACAUCAUUCACGAGGGACACUGCCCGUUCUCGUGACCGGCAAAGAUCAGCUCAGAAAUCUUACUACAGCAGUCAAGCAGCACCACCAACAGAUAUCUCAUGUGACAACAACGUAGAGUACGAAACAAAUAGUAAAACUUUUGUCUCAUAUUUGGAUAAUUAAUAUACCAAAUGAAUCAAUUAUUUAGACUAUUAGUCUAAGGUUGAGGACGCAUUGAUUGGUCUGUCUGAGAGUUGUGAUACACUGCCAGUUUGGGAGCACAAUUGGAUCAA